UGAAAUCUGAUAAAUCCAAUACUUUAAUUUUAUUUGUGAAAAUAUAACCAUAAGAUAUUCUAAUCCAAGUACACAAGAGCUGUAGUAGAGAAGUGGAAGGAGUAAUGUUCAUCUAGUUGAAUAUAUACGUGCCAACAUAAUUUUUGAAAUACGAUCAGUACAAACAGGCUUUUGUGACUUAAUUUACAUGUACGAGCCCAUACCGUUUAAACCAGUUCAGGCCAAACCUAACUGUAGAUUAUAGUCCUCCGGACAGCUUCUUAUACUUGAUAAAUUAGCCAUUAAUAUGGGGUUAAUUUUUAAUGUUACUUCGGGCAAGAACAAUAAAAAAAGAAACAACGGUCUCCCAAAACCGGUAACCCGCAAAGUUAAAAAGCCGGAUGAUUUAACGACUUCAGCGCUGAGAUUUAGAAGUAAUAUUUUGUCGAAAGAAAUCUGUACUUCACAUUCAGCGUUUUGCCAAAGUCGUAUAAAAAACGUUGAUUCUGAGUAUGCCAACAGCAUUAGCAGCAGACGAUUCAGAGCCAAACGCAAGGAAAAGAGCAGCAACCUGAUCGCAGAAAGCCAAAUUAAAAGACGACCACUAGGAUUUAUGAUUUUCAAUAGAAGCAGUGUUAUCAGUGAAAACUGUACAAUCACCCGGGGUAAAAAGAUUGAGAAUUGUUUCCCCCGGGUCGAAUCGGACUCUCUUUUGUCCUGUAAUUUUGAUAGUAGUAGCGAUUUUACAAAAUCUUUUCAACGACGAAGCGAGAAAUAUGUUAUGCAGGCAGUAAUGCCAAUAAUGAAAAAAUAUACUGGUGAUAACGCUCACGUCAGUGCAGAUGCGGUGUCAUUAGAACAAGCAACAUCUGCACUCAUCUCCAACAAUCCUCGGCUAAAUUGUACUCAUCACAAGACAAAGUGUCGUUCUAGCAAACCUUACCGUAACCUAUUUAGAGGUACAGCGGUAGUAGCGGUAGGAAAAGCAACGAAUAGGGCAAAACAGAUGACAGUAUUUCCCAAUAUAGCAUUGGUACGAAAACUAUCACCUACUGGAUCGUGUGCGGCUGAGAUUAUAUCUGCGCAAACUUUGAUAACAUCUGUUACAAACCGAUCAGUGUCACCAACGUCGACGGUGGCAUCAGUAAUGCCAACUUUAGCAGGAACGCUAUUAGACGUCCCGGUUUUUUCCCAGCUUUGGCAGAAGCUUGUGAAACUACUAGGGAAUUCAGUAGCAGGAAUAACUUCGCCAUAUAGGUUUUCAAAAGAACAUGUUAGAUCAACACUAAAAACGGCAGGAAAAACAACGAAAAUUCCUAAAGCAAUGGAUCGACUACAGAAGCACUCAACAAUAUCUGAAUCAAUAUUAACAGGGACAGCAACAUGUAGUAAAAUAACUGUAUCAGCCAUACCGACGGCGCCUUCAGACUGCUCAUCAUCGCGUACGAAAUCGCGGUUGUUACCCAGUGUGGGUACCACGUCAUUCUUUACAUUGUUGACACUCAUUUGCUUAGAAACGGUACUGCUCUCUACUGUAUCUAAUUGUGCAAAAACAUUCUACAUGCAUUGGAAUACAUCGAACAGCAUAUUUCGUAUAGAUAAUACAGACCAUAUUAUAGAUGUAAACAAAGGGAAUUUAGCAUUCGAAUUCGAUCAAGUACAUAUUAUAUGUCCCGUAUACGAACCUGGAACUUUUGAAAAUGAAACAGAAAAAUAUAUAAUAUAUAACGUGUCAAAAGUGGAGUACGAGACUUGUCGGAUAACGAAUGCUGAUCCACGUGUUAUAGCCAUUUGUGAUAAACCGCAAAAAUUAAUGUUUUUUACAAUAACUUUCCGGCCAUUUACACCACAGCCAGGUGGUUUGGAGUUCCUUCCUGGAAAUGACUACUAUUUCAUUUCGACCUCAUCAAAAGAUGAUCUUUAUCGACGAAUAGGUGGGCGUUGUUCUACAAACAAUAUGAAAGUUGUUUUCAAAGUGUGUUGUGCGCCCGAGGAGAAGAAUAAAACCACAACAGUUACUAGUAGCAGCAUUGGUACAUCCUUAAGCGGUAGCAGUAGUGCUGGUGGUUUCGGAAUCAAUAUCAACUCAGCCGAUGGCAGUGGAAAGACAACUAGUAUUGAAAAUUCGGCCAAUAUAGACAUUGUCAAUACUCAGGCUAAUAUAAAUCAACAUAUGAAUAGCAUAAAUACAAUCGGCAUAAAUGGUGUCAACACGGGUUUAAUGCCAAUCGGUGGUGUGAAUAUAGGCGUUAGUAGCGGCAUUGGCACCAACAAUGGUGGUAUGCAGAUGAAACCGAUGAACGGCGCUAGCGGAACAUCAAUCAAUACAAAUAUUGAUCAAUUUAAUCGUAUACCAAUACAAGACGGCGGCGUUAAUGCUAUGGGAAAUAAUAUUGGUGGCCUUGGUGGUCAUGGCAGCGGUAGCAUUAUACUAACACCUGGCGGUCAUGGGGGCAUAAAUAUGAUUUCCAGUGGUGGAAGUAUUGGCAUUGGACAAUAUCCUGGCCAUCCCGGCCAGACUGGUAUACGCAUUAAUAAUGUCGCGUCACAGCAACAUCAUGCAACGCAUAAAAAUAAUAACUAUAAUGGUAAGGAUGCCAGAACGGGCGGUGUUGGUGUUAGUGAUGGUGUUAGCGCUGGUGGUGGUGCGUUUAUGAAUAUAAAUUUCGGUGAUGCCAAGUUUAUAUCACCAUUUGUUAACACAAAUCAUAGCAAUAUUGUUCAGAGUACAAUUAACUGGCCAGGAUGGGGUAGAGGCGGAACCGUACAUUCUAAAAAUCAUAAUAUAACUACUACUACAAGAAACGAUCAUAAUAUAAAUGAGCUAAAUAAUAAUUAUUAUUCACCGUCCCAUAAACCGAUUACCAAUAAAACAAAAAAUAAAAGACGGUCACCUUCAUUACCAAGCUCCUUAAAUCGUUUGAUUGCACGAGAAACCAAUGAACGUGCAAUUCCAAGCUUCCGUGCUAUCUCGCAGUUGCGUGCUCCAUAA